AGUCACCGCGGAAAACCCAAACACUCCAGCGGCCGAGAGCCCCUUUUGGCACUUGGCAGCACGCGGCGGCGGGCUCCUCGGCUCAACUUGGUGCAAGAUCCUCCGUCACUCAACUUUCGGGGCUGCUUGGCAUUUAAGGCUUUGCAGACAGAGGAAAGGGCAGCGCCUGUCCAGGCAGUGGCCACCUGCAGGGAGUUGGCGAGCCAAGGCAACCGGACCGAAGGACAAAAAGAAAGCAGAGGGCAAAGUACCACCGCGGAGUGGGGACACUGCCGAGAAGUUCCAGGGUCCCGAAGAGGAUUUUUCCUAGAGUUCGGCCAGAGAGACCAAAGCGGCCCGGGACGCAGCGCCCCGGCCCUGGGCUGGUCCUCGGCUCCCCUCUUCCCGAGCGGGAGCGACGCCGGGACGCACGGUCGCCGGCUGAGCAGGUCCCCGCUGGCAGCCAACAUUGAUUUCCUCCGGGCGGAGGCCGAGGGACCGGGUGGCGGCGGCGGGCUGCAGCCGCGGCACGGCGACAGCAUGUCCAAGCCGGUGGACCACGUCAAGCGACCCAUGAACGCCUUCAUGGUGUGGUCGCGGGCCCAGCGGCGGAAGAUGGCCCAGGAGAACCCGAAGAUGCACAACUCGGAGAUCAGCAAGCGCCUGGGCGCCGAGUGGAAGCUGCUGACCGAGUCGGAGAAGAGGCCGUUCAUCGACGAGGCGAAGCGCCUGCGAGCCAUGCACAUGAAGGAGCAUCCCGACUACAAGUACCGGCCGCGGCGCAAGCCCAAGACGCUGCUCAAGAAGGACAAGUUCGCCUUCCCGGUGCCCUACGGCCUGGGCGGCGUGGCGGACGCCGAGCACCCGGCGCUCAAGGCGGGAGCCGGGCUGCACGCAGGCGCGGGCGGCGGCCUGGUCCCCGAGUCCCUGCUCGUGCGGCGGCUGCUGGACUGGCCUCCCCUGCAGCCCAGCUUCGCAGCCCCUGCCUUGUACCGAGCUGAGCUGCCUUUCCCUUACAGAAAGAAUGCUUGGAACUGUAACUGUGCAGCAUCCAGCUGA